AUGAACAGCAUGGGCGGAGGCAUGGGCGGCGGAAUGGGUGGUGGAAUGGGCGGCGGCUCCUACGGCAACGGCUUCAACGCAUACGGCUCUCCAGGGCCGCAGGGCUACGGCCAGCCAAUGGUCCGCUCCGGAAAUCCGAUGAUGGCCCGCUCUGGACAGCCCCAAUCCGGCUACGCCCCGACAGAGACGGAGAUGCACAUGCCACUGGGUGCGAACGUGGAGCUCCACUCUGACGACGGCGUGCUCUACUCAUCGCGAAGGCGUGCGGAGAAGAAGCCGGAGGACUACAACUACGAUGACAACACGGUUCUUGGCAUGGCGAACUACAUCUACAAGGGCGAUGCCAGUCUGACCACUCUGAGCUGGUCUCUCGUCCUGGUGCUCGCGAGAUUGCUGGCUGCCUGA